AGUCAACGUUCAUCCACGAUCAGAGUGAGAUCAAGACAAAUAGUUAUCUAUUGAAUUUAAAUUAUGUGCUAAUCGGUUAAAACAAUUCUUAAAACAACUGAUUACAUCAAAUAACUUCAGAGUGAAAAAAAGAAAUUUUAAAGUUUUGUUUGAAAUUAUUUUUAAGCAAACUGUUAAAAUGAAGAUGCUGUUACUAAUCACAACAUUUGUCUUACUUCUAAGCAUCGCCACUUCUGUUCCACAAUAUGGCCAAAGACGUCAGUAUGGAUCAGCAGGUUCAAACGCUCAGAGUGGAACAAAUUUAAAUUUCGGAAGUUUAUUGGGUCUUGCAAAUUCUUAUGUUCAAAAUGCACAAAAUAAUCAAGCUCAAUACUCAAAUCUACUAAACCAAGGUGCAAGUUUUGUGAAUCAAAUUGCCAGUAACGUUUUGGGAGGUUUGACAGGGGGUGUUAAUUCACAACAGCCUAUGUAUGGUGGGUAUUAUCCACCUCAGCAACAUUACCCUCAACCAUAUCCUGGAACUCAUUAUCAACAAAAACCUCCAACUCAAGUAACAAAUAAUAUUUCUCCAACUGUGACAAAACCUGACACUCCAAAGCCAUCACCACGUCCGCCUACGAAUCAAGGACAAAUUUCUGGCAGUAUACCACCACCUGCUUCAGGUAAACCUUCAGAAGGAGAUCUAGACAGUUUACUAGCAAUAUUGGAACAAAAUUCAAAGGGUAAAGAGACACUGACUACUACAACAGCAGCUCCAACAACUAAUAGCGGUGGUUAUGAUUAUGAUUUUGAUGUUCGUGUAGAUGAGAAAAAAAUUGUGCGAGAACGAAGAGAUACUACUCAAAAUGGAGAAGUAGAGUUAGACAGCAGAUUUCUUGGUGGAGUUGGAAAGAAAAUUGUAGGCAAAGGAGUGAAUUUGUUACUACAAGGAGCUGGAGCUGUUACUUCAGCAUUUAAUGGCGGGGCUCAUUAUCCACAGCAACAACAAUAUCAACCAAGUUAUCCUCAACCUGCAUAUAAUCAAGGCUAUAAUAAGCCAGCUUUCAACCAACCAUAUGUUCAACCAGGUUUCAAUCGACCAGGUUAUAAUCAACAAGGAUAUAACCAGCCAAGUUACGGAAGGCCUGGAUUUUACGGUGGUGGAGCUUCAAAUGCUCAAGGUCAAGCGCAAAAUGUUGGAGGAGGGUUCAAUCAAAAUGCAGGUGCUAACACACAUUCAUCAAACAUUCAAAAUGCGUUGGGAAAUUUCCAGAAUACUGGAGGGUCUAGCAUAUCAUCGAAUUUAGCAAAUGAUGGUUCAUCUGGUCAAUUGAGUGCAGCAAACACUCAACAAUCAAGUCAACAAACUGCAAAUGGUUACAGAGAACAAAAUUCGGGUCAAAGUCAGUCGGCCAAUUUUGACAAUAAAGGUAACCUCCAACUUUCAAAUGCUGGUACAAAUGUGAAUGUCAUUAAAGAAAAAGAUAGACAACGUGUUGAAACAUCUGGCCAAGCAUCUUCAGUCAAUAAAAAUCCUUUUGGCACUUCUCAAAGUGGUGCAAAUGCAAAUACAGCUCAAUUCAAUGAAGGUGGAGUUAAAGGUUCUCAAUCAACAGCACAAGGUCAAUCAACUCACAUUGGAAACGACGGAAGUCUUUCAGGAUCUACUUCAAAUGCAGGAACACAACAGUGGACUGGACCAGGAGGCAUCAAGGGAACAUCAUCAUCAGCGUCGAGUUCAAGUCAAAAUAUUGCAGGUCAAGGACAUGGUGGGUCCGGAAGCUCAUCAGGUGCAAGUAGUGGUACUGGAGGAAGCAAUGCAUUUGGAAAUUCUGGUAGCUAUCAACCCCAGUGGCGUGGAAAAAGAAAUGUGGACACCUCUGACAGGAUUCAUUUCGCAGAUGAUAACGAAGAAAUGGAUGAUAAAAAUGUCGAAGUCGAUAGCAGGUUUUUUGGAGGUUUUGGUAAAAAGGUGAUUGGAAAAGGGGUAAAUUUUCUGAAACAAGGUGCUGAUGUUGUAAAAACUGCUUUACAAGGUGAUUUCAAUUUCCCACAAGAGCAACAUUCAUGGUGGCGUCCACCUCCACAGUCCAAUUACAAUCAACCCAGUACUCAUCAGCCUGCUAAUAAUCAAUAUGGUCAUCAGCAGCCAAGUUCUAAUCACAUCAAUCAACAUAACCAACAUAAACCUUCUUCGAUAUACAACAGUGGUGGAGCUUCAAAUGCUCAAGGUCAAGCACAAAAUGUUGGAGGAGGUUUCAAUCAAAAUGCAGGUGCAAACACACAUUCAUCAAACAUUCAAAAUGCAUUUGGAAAUUUCCAGAAUACUGGAGGGUCUAGCAUAUCAUCGAAUCUAGCAAAUGAUGGUUCAUCUGGUCAAUUGAGUGCAGCAAACACUCAACAAUCAAGUCAACAAACUGCAAAUGGCUACAAGGAACAAAACUCUGGUCAAAGUCAGUCAGCCAAUUUUGACAAUCAAGGCAAUUUGCAACUUUCAAAUGCUGGUACAAAUGUUAAUGUCAUAAAUGAAGGUGAUCGAAAUACUGUUGAAACAUCUGGCCAAGCUUCAUCUGUUAAUAAAAAUCCUUUUGGAACUUCUCAAAGUGGUGCAAAUGCGAAUACAGUUCAAUUCAAUGAAGGUGGAGUUCAAGGUUCUCAAUCAACAGCACAAGGUCAAUCAACUCACAUUGGAAACGAUGGAAGUCUUUCAGGAUCUACUUCAAAUGCAGGUACACAACAAUGGAGUGGACCAUUCGGCUUAAGUGGAACAUCAUCAUCAGCUUCGAGUUCAAGUCAAAAUAUUGCAGGUCAGGGACAUGGUGGGUAUGGUGGAACAAACUCUGUUGCUAACGCUGGUGCGGGUACUCAUAGUGGUGGACAUUUCGGUGGAUCUGGUGCUACUGCUAGCGCAGGUUCCGGAGGUUUUGGUGGCGGAAGUGGCGCAAAUGCUGGGUCAUCUGCAUCAACCUCUUCAGGUUCCAAUGGAGGCCUUUCAUUCAGCACAGCAGGAAGCACAAGCUUCAGUAUGUCUAACCCCUGGUUUGGUGGGUAA